CAACAUGUCCAAAUUUCGAACGGUUCUGAGUCAUUUCCAUUACCGUAAUCUUGAAACACAUAAAAUUUCCGUUUAGUACCGUCAUUCACUGAUUCGAUAUAUCUGCCAACCGUACAGCUUGCAUGAUUUUCUCGUCCAAGUUGACAUUACGCUCGAGACGAUUCGAUAGUAUCGAGGUUUUUUGGCAGGUCGAAAGAAAGAUGUCCAUCGAUGGUAGAUUAGAAUGUUAUUAGUCAUUCGUUCUUGCGUUUGUAAGUAAAUAUCAGCUGGAUGUGCAGAGAAAAACAGAACGCGAUUCCGUGACAGCGUUUAACGGACAUAAUUGCUGGACGUGUUCAUUUUGUCGAGUAGAGCGGGUAAAAUGGGACUUUUCCAGACUUCCUCGCCUUUUGACGCUGACGUCGAGAAGGCAACCAGCGAAAUGAAUACCACCGAAGAUUGGGGGAAAAUAAUGGAUAUUUGUGAUAAAGUAGGAACUUCUACACAAAAUGCAAAGGAUUGUCUAAGAUCCAUUGUUAAAAGACUAUAUUCUCCAGACCCACAUAUUGUUGUGCAAGCAUUAACAUUAUUGGAUGCAUGUGUCAGUAAUUGUGGGAAAAUGUUUCAUCUGGAAAUUGCAUCAAGAGACUUUGAAAGUGACAUGAGAAAACUCGUUAACCAUACCCAACCAAAAAUUGCAGAGAGAAUGAAAGGGCUAUUAAAAAAAUGGGCUGAAGGCGAUUUUAAAUCUGAUCCUCAAUUAAAUUUAAUACCAAGUUUGUACAACAAACUAAAAAACGAAGGUUACGAUUUUACUGUUAUUUCAGAUACGCCUAAACGUACAAGCGUACUAAGCAAAGAUCCAAAUGUAGUAACAAAUUCACAGGAAGAAGAAGAUAUUGCAAAAGCUAUUGAACUUUCACUCAAAGAUAGUAAAGCCCAUAAUCAAGCAUCUUCAUCACACAGUUCGCCAUCUUCUAAAAAAAGUACCAGUUUGUACCCAAGUGUAAACACAGCACUUAAUACUUCCAGCAAUUCUGAAGGCAGGAAGGUCCGUGCAUUAUAUGAUUUCGAGGCAGCAGAAACUAAUGAAUUAACAUUUUUCGCAGGAGAAAUAAUUAAUCUUUUGGAUGACUCUGAUCCAAAUUGGUGGAAAGGCAGUAAUUAUACAGGAGUAGGACUUUUCCCUUCUAAUUUUGUUACUGCAGAUUUAUCUGUUGAACCUGAACAAUUUACAAAGUUAGAACACAGUAACAAAAAAAUGGUUCAGUUUGCUGAUGAAGUAGAAGUGAAAACUGUAAAGAGAGAACCAGAAGUGAUUGAGGUUGAAAUAGACGAAGGGAAAAUGGAUAAACUUCUACAUUUGUUACAUGAAGCUGAUCCUCAGUGUGAUAAUUCUGACCCACAAGAAAUGCUAGAGUUAGAAGAACAAGUCACUGCGAUGGGACCUUUAAUUGAUGCAGCAUUAGAAAAAGUUGAUAGAAGGCAUGCACAGCUAACCCAACUCAGUUCUGAUUUGGUGGAUGCUCUUAAUUUAUAUCAUACACUGAUGCGAGAACCUGCACCGCCUACACCAUCUAGUUAUACACUCCCUAAGAUGCCACCACAUAUGAGUCCUUACCAAUUCCAGAAUCAUGGACCACCACCUCCACAUAUAUAUAAUGGAGUACCUCCUCCUCAUCCGUCUUCUUUUCCUGGGAGUAGUCCGUUAGGACCCUACAGUACUACAAUCCCAACGAAUGAGUAUAUGGGACCUACAAGUAUGCCAAACAUGACAUUACCUCAGCAUUUUGGACAUGUGCAAUCUGGUCCACAUCAGCAUCCUCCGGGACAUCCUCAGGGUCCACCAGUACUGGAGCAAAGCAGCCUUCCUUACUCUCAUCAAGGGUAUCCACCUCAAACUGGUCCUAUGCCGGUACCUUAUGGUCCAUCAGGGCCAACAGGACCUUCGGUAAGCCAGCAAUCACAGUAUGCUCCACCAAAUGGGCAGCAUAUGUUGUAAAAGAUGCUAUAUGUUUCAAAUUCACCCUGUACUCUAAUUGAAGCUGUACAAUAUUACUAUAUUAUAAUUAUUUAAAUAAACAUACCCGAAGUAGCCAAAGAUAUUGGGCUUUUGAUGGAAGUUUUGCAUUCGAAACUUAUCGUGUAAGCAUGUUGCAUAAACACGUUCGCGUCAAGAUGAUUAAAAGUACAUUAGAGGAAGGCGAUUUACUUUGUUAAUCACUGACGAUUGCAAUUAGUGUUCUUUUUUUAUAAAUUUCUUUUAAAUUUAUUGACAUGUUUAUAUGGCCGGUUUUUGGUAUUAUUAUUUUAAUUUGUGAUUUAUUACUAUACGAUAUUAAUUCCAUACAUUAUUGUAUUUAUCCAAAUCUAAUAUUGAAAUGAAAAUGAAUUGUGGAUCAUGGUCGUCAUCUUAUAUACACCGAUAUGUAAUGUAAUGUUAAGUUCGUGGCCAAGCGUCGCGUGAUAUUUUCACUAAUUUGUAAUCUAUUGUGUAAAUUUCGUCGUACGUUUGUAAUAAGUUCUAUGUAUACAACUGCACUAUCGUUUACUAUGUAACUACAACAGUAGACAGAACUAUACGGUAAACUGUGGAGACUGCAUCGAAAGCAUGACCGUAUUUUAUAGUUUUUUACUGUCAUUCAUUCUCAACAAGUAAUUGUAAAAGAGCCUUAAAAAUGGAUUCAGAAUUCCAUAGCUUUUAAAGCUGCUCGAGUGGAAUAUAUCAUCUACAGAAAUUGAAAAGCAAUCGCAACAAGACAUUUCGACCUGGUCUAGUCUGUCCACUGUGUAUAAUAAAUAUAUUUCCUAUUAAUUGUUUAUUGAACGAACUGCGAGGAGCUUUCUAUGAAUUGUUAACGCAUAAUAUUCGUGUAACUGCGUUCAUACCAAUGUGGAAAUGGUCCGUUAAAAAAACGAAGCGAGAACAAGGAAAGACAACUACUGUAUUCUUUUAAAAUUACCUUAAUCACUUCGGUGUCGCGUAAAAACAGUGAAAUUUGUACAAUGAAUGCCCUUAGAUAUUUAAUGGCUAUGCCAAUGAAUGUAAUCACAAAACUUUCGCACAGAUAGUGUGCUAAGCGUUCAGAUUACAAUACCGAAAGGCUUAAAGGAAAAUUUUUGUGGCGAGACGAGAUGAAACUAGAAUAAGACGAAUCUUAAUAAUCCUUUUUAGCGAAUCUAUCAUUUUAAUUUACGUAUAAUGUUUAUGUUUUAAAGUAUGAAGUAUAAUAUUAGUUAUAGACAAUAUUUAAAAGUCCUUUAUAAUUCAGGAUUUAUCAAAUCUCAACACGCGGAUAUGUUAAUUAUUCAGUUCGUGACUUUCAAAAUUAUGUAUUGAACGAAUAAUUACAUCAAGGAGAUUAAAGUUAUGUAUAUAUAUAUACAUAUACAAAUAUAUACAUGUAUAUAUACAUAUACAAACAUAUAUAUUUAUUUAUACUAAUUUCUUGUAUAUUAUAUAAUGUAUAGUAGUAAAAUGCGUAUAAUUCCGGAAACAAAAUCCGUGUACUAAUUAUUAUAUUAAGUUGUUCCAGAGUAACCGAAACUCCUAUUAAUUAACUAAUUAGACGGUUGACCCUUAUACGGGUAUAUUUUUUUAAAUUGUUUCUUUUUUUCAUUUCUUGUUAACUUCAACUCCGCUAUUCUUAAAAUUAAUUAUCGUUCUCAUAUACAUUACCACUCAAAAUGAUCACAAGUAGAUUCUUUCAAAUAAAGGCGAUAUAAAUUGUUUAUUUGAGAUUGUAUAUACUUGAUUCCAGUUCGUAAAUAUUACAUUCACCAGCUUAAAAUAGAUUUACUAAAGUUUGAUCCACAAAUACAAAGAUUUAUGUGGUAUGAAAUUUAAAAUACUCCAGGCUUUUAGUCUGACUUCUUCUUUAAAGGAUUAAAGGAUUUCAUUUAACACAAUGUAUGUGUAUUUGUAGAAUAUAUGUUACAGAUAUCGGAUAAAUUAAAAGUUUUAAAAUUUCGAUGCAAAGCAAAUGAGACAGGGUGUCUAAGUAUGCAUUUGAACAAGACAUUUUUACACAAUAAUGUAAUAUGCUACGACGGGACGUAGGAAUUAAUUGCGUGGCUAUUAUGCAGAGAAAAAAGAAGGGCCAUGUAAAAAUCUUAUAAAACAGCAGUUGGUAAAAGAAUUGAAAGUUAGUUACGGAUGUAAUUGAAAGAGCAAAUAGGGAAGAAAGGUGAAACGAUGAUCUUUUUGUAAUAUUGAUAUUUGUAUGUGUAUGCUACUAAAGAGAGGAAGAAGUUCAGAAAGAGAAAAAAAGUGUGAGUGGACACAGAGCGUCAGAAAAGGAUAGGUCGUACGAAAAAUAGAUGUAAUUUACAUUGUAUAUGUUACGUUGCCAUUAAAUUCUCAUUAUUUACAUAAAUUUUGACGAUAUGUUAUUGCACUUGUAUGAAUCUUUCUAUGAUGUUUCUAAUAAAGUCAGACAGUUUUAAUUUCAAA